AAACGUCUUCGUCGUCGCCAAUCAGCUUUGAGUUAGACAGACGCUUGUAAAGAUGGCGACGGUGAGGCACAGAGGAGUGAAAACUGGACGCUUUACCGAUAUUAAACACCGUUGGUCCAGACAUCAUACCAAUUGACAUCGCAGAGGGAGCGAAAGUUAAUCGAUCCAUUUGUCAGCCGCAGUACGCUGUUUGGUGCUGUAUGGUGUCGCUGCGGGUCUGGUUGCUUUUGUUUUCGGUUAGUGUCGUUGCCUUGGACAGCUCAUUAGCUUCGAGUUGGAAAGCCAAUGCUAGCCCAGGGUUAGCUGUGUUGCUCCAUCGGCUGCAGGGAUCUUAGUGUACUGCAUUCAUGGAUUGAUAACCUGACCAGUGUUAACUCUGGACUGCAUGCACCUAUUUAAAGUUUUAAUUUUUACGGAAACAGCGCCCAUGACUCACUUGGAUUAAAAUACAUUUGGAGGAACAAGGGGCACCGACUAUCUGGCAUUGCGACACUGUUUGGAAGCGGAGUGAGUUUGCCGUCAUGUAUUUUCUAACCGGCUGGCCUCGGAGGCUGCUUUGUCCGCUGAGGAGUGAAGAGGAGCCCUUUCACAUCCAGCCCAGCUCCCAGAGGUUUUACUUCGCCGUCCUGUCGGAGACACAGCUCAGCAUCUGGUUUAGUCGGCCCAGUGUUUUGAUAGUCAGCUAUAUUGAGUCUGCAAAGGCGGCGGCCCAGUUUGGCUUCUACCAGAAGGCAGAAUGGAAACCAGACGACUCCAUGAUAGCUGUGGCGACUGCCAAAGGAUACAUCCUCUUGUUUGAUGUGCUGGGUGGAGGGGAUGACAAGUACCUCUAUGAGCCCGUCUAUCCAAAAGCAAGUCCUCGUGUGAAGGUGACCCCGGGUUAUAAGGAGGAGCAAUGUGCCCCUGCUCUGUCUUUAGAGAUGAAGAAGCCUGUGGAUCUGGAGGCCCCCAUCACCAGUCUGCAGUCCCUCCAGGAGGACUUAUUGGUGUGUACCGCAGACGGCUACCUCCAUGUGCUGCACUGGGAUGGGCUAGGCAGCAACGGACGCAAGGCCAUUUGCCUCACUACAAUCCCCUUCUCGCUAGACCUGCAGUCUGCUCGAGGUGGUCCUUCUCUGGACCUGGAGGGAGUGUAUAUCCAUUGUAUGGAGUAUUGUGUGACCCUGGAUGGCUUCGCUGUGGUACUGAGUGACGGACGCCUGGGCUUUAUCACACCACUCAGCAACACCAUCACCGCAGAUCAGCUGCAGGGUGUCUGGGCAGCAGAUGUGACUGAUGGCACCUGUGUGGCGGUCAACAACAAGUACAGACUGAUGGCCUUUGGCUGUGCCAGCGGCUCAGUAUUGGUAUACAUGAUAGACACCACGACAGGAUCCAUGCAGCUCUCGCACAAACUGGAGCUCACCCCAAAACACUACCCAGACAUCUAUAACAAGACGGGCCCAGUCAAGCUGAUCUGCUGGUCACCUGACUACAGUGUUGCCAUGAUUACAUGGGAGUGUGGUGGCCUCUCGCUGUGGAGUGUCUUUGGAGCUCACCUCAUCUGCACUCUGGGAGAGGACUUUGCGUAUUGUUCUGAUGGUACCAAGAAGGACCCCAUUAAAAUCAGCUCUAUGAGCUGGGGAGCAGAGGGCUACCACCUGUGGGUGCUCCCUAUCAAACAGGAGAGGAGAAGGCAGGAGGAGCAGCAGCAGCAGCAGCAGGAGGAGGAGGAGGAGGAGGAGGAGGAGGAGAUGGUCACACCCUCCUCGCUGCAGGCCGGCAUACUGCAGUUCCACUUCAUCAAGAGUGCCCUCACAGUCAACCCCUGCACGAGUAACCAGGAGCAGGUGUUGCUCCAUGGCGAAGACCGCCUCUACCUGACGUGUGGUGAACCCACGCAGGUCAACGGCACCUCUGACUCACACCCGCAUACACACUUACACCCACGUGACGGCAGCCCGCUGCACCAUCCCCCCAACCCCGACUCCUCUCUCUCUCAGGGACUUAGCACUUUACUGGGACACAAGCACUGGCAUGUGGUCCAGAUUCACAGCACAUACCUAGAGAGCAACUGGCCUAUACGGUUUGCAGCCAUAGACACAGCAGGCCAGUGCAUGGCUGUAGCAGGGAGGCGGGGCUUUGCACACUACUCCUUAUUCACAAGAAAAUGGAAGCUGUUUGGAAAUAUUACUCAGGAGCAGAACAUGACGGUGACGGGAGGUCUGGCUUGGUGGAACGACUUUGUGGUGGUGGCCUGUUACAAUUUUAUAGACCAGCAAGAGCAGUUGAGGCUCUAUCAACGCUCAUCCAACCUGGACAACGCCUUUGCAUCGGUCACUAAGCUGCACUCAGACACACUGCUGCUCAAUGUCUUCAGAGACAUGGUCAUCCUGUUCAGAGCUGACUGCUCUAUCUGCCUCUAUAGCAUAGAGAGGAGGAAAGACAGUCCACACCCGACAGCCAGCGUGGAGUUGUUGCAGGAGGUGUCGAUGUCUCGCUACAUCCCUCACCCUGCCCUUGUGGUCUCUGUCACACUCACCUCUGUGCGCACAGAGACUGGCAUCACAUUGAAAGCCCCGCAGCAGGCCUGCAUGGCAGAGAGCAUCAUGUUGAAUCUGGCUGGCCAGUUGAUCAUGCUGCAGAGGGACCGUUCAGGGCCGCAGGUACGAGAGAAGGAGACGCCUGCCAACAACAAGAAGCUGCUACCAUUUUGUCCUCCGGUGGUGCUGGCGCAGUGUGUGGAGAAUGUGUGGACCACCUGUCGCUCCAACAGGAAGAAGCGUCACCUGCUGGAGGCCCUGUGGCUGUCCUGCGGCGAAGCAGGCAUGAAAGUCUGGCUGCCGCUGUUUCCCCGAGACCACCGCAAGCCCCACUCCUUCCUCUCCAGACGCAUCAUGCUGCCCUUCCACAUCAACAUCUACCCUCUGGCUGUGCUGUUCGAGGAUGCCCUGGUGCUGGGGGCAACCAAUGAGACUGUGCUCUAUGAUGGGCUGCAGGGAUCCUCUGAGCCACUAGAGGCGCUGUUCCCCUACUGUACCGUAGAGAGGACCUCACAGAUCUACCUCCAUCACAUCCUGAGGCAGCUGUUGGUUCGCAACCUGGGUGAACAGGCUUUGAUGCUGGCUCAGUCAUGUGCCUCCCUCCCCUACUUCCCCCACGUCAUGGAGCUGAUGGUGCACGUCGUGCUGGAAGAAGAGGCAACAUCGCGAGAGCCCAUCCCCGACCCUCUGCUGCCCACCGUGGCCAAGUUCAUCACCGAGUUCCCCCUCUUCCUCCAGACCAUUGUCCACUGUGCCAGGAAGACGGAGUACGCCCUGUGGAACUACCUGUUUGCAGCUGUGGGAAACCCCAAAGACCUGUUUGAGGAGUGUCUCAUGGCUCAAGACCUGGACACAGCAGCCUCCUAUCUGAUUAUACUGCAGAACAUGGAGGUUCCAGCGGUGAGCAGACAGCACGCCACUCUACUUUUUAACACGGCGCUUGAGCAGGGCAAGUGGGACCUCUGCCGGCACAUGAUCCGAUUCCUCAAAGCCAUUGGCUCUGGGGAGAUGGAGACUCCGCCCCCAACACCCACCACUCAGGAACCCAGCUCAACUGGGGGGUUUGAGUUCUUCAGAAAUCGCAGCAUCAGUUUGUCACAGUCAGCAGACUCCAUCACUACGGGCAAGUUCAACCUGCAGAAGACCUUCAGUAUGCCCUCUGGACCUUCUGUUAAAGGUCGGGAUGUGGAGUGUGCAGAGAACAUGUAUAUUGAUAUGAUGCUCUGGCGCCACGCCCGCCACCUCCUGGAGCAGGUACGCCUCCGCGACCUGGGAUGCUUCUCUGCACAGCUGGGCUUUGAACUCAUCGGCUGGUUGUGUCGUGAAAGAAACCGCGUGGCCCGUGUUGAUGAUUUUGUUUCUGCGCUGAAGAGACUCCAUAAGGAUUUUCUCUGGCCCUUCCCUGUUAUUCCUGUGGGAAGCCUCAGUUCGCCCCUGAAGAACGGACGGUGUCGUACAGUGCUGAGCACAAAGCUGUUGAAGUCGCAGUCAGCUGACAGCCUGUUGAACAGCGACAUGGACACAGCACCCCCUCAGGCAGCUCCUAGCAGCCACACCUGGCUGGACGGGCUCGGGCAGAGGGCCAAAGACAUGGACACGGCCUCGUCUGCUCACUCCAACCAACACUCACCACAGACACAUGAUGCGUUCCUGUCCCUGCUCACCAACAAAGUGGAAGAGUACAGUGUCGGCUCGGCCACAGACUUGACAGAGACCAGCUCGGUGGUGGAUGGUGAUUGGACGAUGGUUGAUGAGAACUCCUCCACUCUAAGCCUGAGUCAGGCCGAGUUGGAGCACAUCUCCAUGGAGCUGGCCAACAAAGGCCCGCACAAGUCGCAGGUGCAGCUCAGGUAUCUCCUUCAUGUGUUCAUGGAGGCGGGCUGUCUGGAGUGGUGUGUAGUGAUUGGUUUGAUCCUGAGGGACGCCAACGUCAUAAAGCAGGUGAUCGGCUUCCUGGACAGCCCCGAGGUUCCCCAAGAAACUGUGCAGAGUGUCCGAAGCGGCUUGUUGGCUGUCGACACGUGGGCCUCCGCUGACUGCCUGGGAUACAAACCAUUUCUCAACCUGAUCCAGCCGCAGCUGCAGCAGCUGAUGGAUUCAGCAGCUGAGCAGGUGCAACCGGAGGCCUUCCAGCCCACCAGCCAGAGCUCCAAGCUUGGUGGCUCUGAAGGGCUGGGAGGCGCUGUAGUACCACGGGCAGAGGACAUUAGAGGAGUAGCGACUCCGCUGGGCCUGGCCCUGCCCUCCCUCGAACCUGCAGGAGGUUUUUCUCGACCCCCCUCUGACGACUGUCCUCCUGAACAGAAAGAGGAGCAGGGAGAGGAGGAGGGAGCCUACGACUGCACCUUGUCCUGAAGCCUGGAGCCUCCGCUGGACUCUGACCUCUAACCUGGACUCUAAACUUUGGAGCCUCGAGAGGAAGCAGCAGCAGUGGCUGGACUUUAUUUUUGUGUGUGUGUGUGUGUGUGUGUGUGCGCGUGCGCACAGGAAGUACCUCUCCUGCAGGUUCUUGCUUCAGUCAGUAUUAUCCACUCUUCAGAUUUGCCCUUUGUGUCGACUAGAACCCCUGUGGAUACUGAGCCACCAACAGAGCGACAGGCAGCCCGACUGGCACAAAGAUAUCACAGCAAAACUAUAGACAGGGUUCAGUCUGAUGGUUAACUUUCUAACAGGCCUCAUAGCCUCAUAGGCCAAAAUGUGCUGUUAGACAAGUCAGUUUGUGCAUUCAUACAUCAGGUUGUGGUCUUUGGAAGCACCAGGCUUUUUUGUUUCAAGACAGAUGUUUUGUGUGUGUAGCUUUUCUUUGGCACUCAUUCAAGUGCAACAUGAGACUUUGAAAUGUAUUUUUUUCCCCCACUGUCCAGACAAAAAGCUCCAUUGUUUCAUUUGGUUAAUGCAGUGCAACAGUGCAAGAAUCAGUUCACAGCAUCAUGCUACAUCGCUAAGCAAAAUGUCGAACAAAGCUCUAGUCAUGAACCAUUUACGAGAUUCACUAAAGUGUGUCUGAGCCGACGGUGAGUGUGCAGUUCUGUUUGUGUGCACAAGAGGUGUUUCAUACUUUCAUACCUCAUAUGAUUUUAAAAUAUUUUGUGAUACUUUUUCAAUAAUGUAAAGUGUGUACAAGAUAACAUUAUUUUUCUAUCAAUUACAUCUUGUCCCUCUUGAGUCUCCCUGUAAAAAAAACAAAAAAACUCAUGGUAUGAAUUCUGUGUAAUUCUUGAGAAGUGAUGACCUUAAGAUUUCUAAGAAAGUGAUCUCUGAGAAGAAUCCACUGUUUCGAGUGCAGACUAGUUUCUUACCACCGAUCAGUACCUCUGUUCAUGUAUUUUUCAUGUACCAAUGCCCCCGACUUUGCUGAAGUCCAGGCCCAAAAGUGUCUGAGGGGAGUCUGAGCCAGAAUCAGCCGUCUGCUCUUCUUCAUGUGGUCCAGAUUUUAGACAAGCAGAUCAGUGGUGAGCAGAUUUAAGGCUGUAGUGCAGUGGGCAAAACAGAUGCUAUAAAAACCAAAUCAUAUGAUGCUUUAUCCAGCUUUUUAAACACACAUUUGUCGGUCUCCAUCUGGGAGAUUCAAAAUGUGUUUCCUAUCAUCGCCGAGGCAGAUCAUUAAUAUUGUGUUAUUAAAGCCAUCCUACUCUGUAGAUUUUGUACCUAUCCCUUGUUUAAUUCCUUUGUCAGUACUGUUAACGGUAACAUGUCAGUAUCCUUUUAAAGUGAGGAUGAGAUUUCGUCGUUGCCUUGGCUGUGGUUGUGUAAUGGAAGAGUUGUUGUGUAAAAUGACCCUCAUCAUCUGAUAAGGACUUAUAUUUCGUCCAGUCCAAUAUGCAUAUCACGUCCCUUAACCGCUUGAGACAAUGAUGACCGAUUUUGCCACAUUGUGUGCUUCUGUGUGGAUUUCUGAGUGCGUGUAGCACAUCAUAUUGAGAAAUUUGGUGACUCAUCAUAUGCAAUUUGUUUUAAUUGUAUUAGUCCUCAUUUUUACUAUUAUUUAUUGGCAUUAUAGCUGAGUGGUAAUUACCGAAUAGAUGCUUGGUUUGUUUUUAUGACUGAUAACAAACUUUUCCCCCCUUUAAUCAGUCAUGUAUUGGCUCUCCACCACAAGCACUAAAAGGUCAUCACAGAUAUGUCAGUAUUAUAUUGUGCAAUGUAUUGAAAUGUUACUCAGCUUUAUUGUGUUAUAUUCUCUACUUCUUUUCUGUUUUCUUCCCCAGCUGUUUACUUUUCAUGAUAGACCAAAUCAUAUUUUUUUGGAUACAUUUUUGCCCUCUUGUCGGUGUGUACAAGAUGAGUUGGGUGUGGUAUCUGUUAAAAAUAAGUGUUUUUUUUUUUUAUGAAUUGCUUGUAUAGUUAGAACACUCACUAUUCACGAAAGGGCAAAAUGACUACGCGACAGUGUUGCUGUCGCUGAUGUACUGUUGUCACUCAACAUAAAUCCCGUCGCACCCUCGUUCCAGUGGGCCCGUCUCCACUCUGAAUAAGCCUACAGCUACACUACGCUGCUACGCUGUAAGCUUUACUUGACUUGAAAACGGAAAAAUAACGAACCAAAGACUUUACGUCCAGAGGCCUUCUGUUUUAACCGGUUGCUUCGAUUGAGCACUUGACUCAUUAUGCAGAGGGGAAACAAAACCUCACACUUAAACACACACCCGAACUCCAUCCCUCUCAUCGGAAACGUAACCAUUGAUGCUUAAAACUAAUGCUGAUGGCAUAUGAGACAAUUUCCUACGGAAAUGAAUAUUGCAGAUCUUUUCUGGUUUCCUUCUCUGUGGGCGAGGAGUGGUCGGUUGGGUGUGUCUUGUGGUACUCGGGUGUCGCGUUCACUCAGAGGUAGACAGCGCUCCCUCCCUCCUGUGUACAGUUUAAAAGUAUUGCCUGUUUCCUGACUCAGAGUAAAGUUUUCUUUCUGGAGUGGGAGCAGCUAACAUCCUCAAUGCAGUGUAAAGAUACUCUCUUGUACAUUUGCCUUUUCUACUAAUGUUUGGUUUUCUACUUCAUUUUUUCCUUGUACAUAAAGACCAAUAAAUUAUUUUUUAAAAUG